AUGUGUGUGUACAAGCUGGCUCCUUUCUCUGCUCAGUGUGUGCGGAGGGCUGUUGAGGAGGCUGCAGAAAAGCUCCCGGCGCAGCAACAGGAGGCGCUGCACCAUUACCUGUCCAUCAGCACUGGUGCGGUCCGGCCGCAGGAUGUCAUCAACGCAGCUCUGCUGCUGGAAUCAUUAGUCAGGUAUACAUCUCUUCAUCCAACCAUGGCAUUACUCAUCACAAACAAAGUAACGUCAUUCUGUCUUUCAGCACAUUUCACAGUCCGCAAGCCUUCAGCCGCAAAGGUGGCACGGCUUAUUGCACAGGAGGGAUGGAAGGUCAACUGUCCCAAGCCGGAGGACAUCGAACGGCUGUGGACACCACCUUCGAAGGCAGCAGUUGAAGAUGACAAGUUCAUCCUUCGCUGUGUGUCUGAGCAGAACUGGUCGGGCAUGGCCAUAAAAGACUUUGGUGAUGAGCGUGGUUUUGGAGUCGUGGCAACUCAGACUUUUUCAAAGAACGACAUUGUUUGCGACUGCCACGGCAAGGUCAUCCCAGCUGCUCAAGGGAGGGCGAUGGUGCAGGCCCAGCAUGACGAGGCCGGGUACAUGUUCUUCUUUAAAGCCGGACAGAGAGAUCUCUGCGUCGACGCCCAGACCUUUCCGUGCGAGUGCCACCCUGGCAAAGACACCGUUGGGAGGAGGAUAAACCACUCCACAAAAGCGCCCAACCUGAAGCCCUUUCACUGCAGGUUACGUGUGAAUGGGGAGGACAAGGACGUCAUCCUCUUCAGGGCACUGAAGGACAUCAGUGUGGGCGUUGAACUACGGUUUGACUACGGGGUCAAAAGGAAGUCCUUCCGUGGAGAGGGCCUACACCUGGACUGGCUGGAUGGCUGA